UUGCCUCUCCAUUUGUAAAACCAAUACUGACGAAAACGCAGUUAUGAAAUUACUGUGCUUCGUCAUUGGGCGUUUUCAACCAUCAGGAAACGGAACAACUUUCCAAAACUGAUUUUUGUCUAAACUCCAAGCAGUUACUUUAUGACCGUUUUCUCGCCAAAAAAUAACGAUAUUUGCCAACUCUGUACCCUGGAAACAGUUCGCAUGAUUUUGAUUUAGUCGGGAGAAGAGAUUCAUCCGAAUAUUCCUGGGAGUUUUUGAGGCAUUUUGUGGCCAGGUUAGGGCCACUGCCGGCCUCAGCCAUGGGGGACAGAAACUUGGCGUGUUUCUGCUUGAUACUCGCAACACUUCUGUUCAAGCCAGCGGAAGGACAGCUGGGAACAGCCAAUGAGACGGUAACCCCUUUCAGCUACAAGCUGCAGUGGGCAAACCCUGUAACGGUGCAGACGGUUGAAGUCACAGAGGUUGACACUGGUACCCAGACCGAAGACUCCCCAUUUGAUAUUGGUCCGAAUCCCAUCAGCGAGUUUAUCGUUUACCACCUGAAGCCGCUCACCAAUUACAGGAUCAGACUCACUGAUGCCUCGUCUGUCGAGUACACUGAAUUAACAUUAGCUAAUGUGCUCACUCGGAUCGGCACCAACACCCCGGGUAUGAUGGCCAUCGAGUUACCCAACCUAGCCAUUCCGGACGGAAACUCAGCUGUCCUGGUUCAAAUCGAGGACCCCAUCAACAACAACUCGCCGGUGAUCACAACCAAAGCUGUAGUUGGUAGCAAUAGGAUCCUCACGUUUGAUAAUCUAACACCGGGAACACUCUACCAGUAUGAGCUGCGCAUUCUGUCUUCAACCAAUCAGAUUGUCAGUGUGGAGGGCGUGUCACAGUUUCGAAAUGCUCCACGUCCACCCAGCGCCUUCAGCUUCUCCAACCGACAGGGCUCCAGCCUCACCAUCACCGUCACUCCCUCCCAACAACAGAACAACGUGGACUACUACAAGGUCACCUACGUGGAGAGGAACACCCAGACUUCUAAUAGUGUACAAACCGUGGCGAAUACCGUGACGCUGACCGGACUGAAUCCCAACUCCCCGUACGACGUGACCGUGAGGUCGGUGGCUGGCAUCGGGGGUGACCUGGAAGAGAGCAGCAGCAUCUCCAAUGCGUUUACUCUAACUUCCUUGGAUGUAGAGGUUCGCCGGGCCACAUUCCUGGGCUUGACGUGGGAGAGCGUGGGCAACGAUAUCCAGCAGUAUGAGCUGGAGUACAGUCCUAACGGGGGAUCUCCACUGUCUCCCAUCACGGGGGUCGCCACCCGGCAGGUUUUUCUUGGGGGGUUGACUCCCGGCACAGAGUAUACCUUUGACUUGUACGCCUCUGCCAGCGGGAUCCGAGGGGAUCUGAUCACCUCCCAAGUUGUGCAGACAUUGCCUGAUGAUGUGGAAUUCUUUGAAAUUACCAUGACGGAGACCACCAUAGACAUCUCAUGGCAAAAACCUGGGGGUCAAGUCGACUCUUACGCUAUCUCCUACACCCCUGGAGGUACCGAGGACGUCACUGUCACCGAUACUCAGUACACCCUCAUGUGCCUGGAGCCAGGCACAACCUACCAGAUCACUGUCAGAAGCAAGCGAGGUGCCUUCUUCAACUUGGAUGGCGACACCAAUGUCCAAACGGCUACAACAAAUGCUGGUACUCCGGGCUUAGUCAACAUCAAAGCCAUUGGAUCCACUUCUGUCACCUUCACAUGGAACCCCGUAGAUGGUGCUACGUCCUACACUGUCACCUUGUUACUGAACGGUCAGACACAGGAUGUGAGGACUGUGACGGCACGAUCCCUAACAUUGCCAAUUCAGAGCGGCGUUCGGUCAUACACAAUCAGGGUGGUAGCGGCGUCGACACCGAGUGUAACAACCAUGAAAACAUUUACGUCACCCCCCAUUACACCAGGAACUAUAACCCCCAAUUAUGUAACUUCUAAGGACAUCUCCUUCUCAUGGGGUGCUUCAUCAGGAGCAUCUGAUUAUGUUAUCACCUACUACCCAACAGGGAAUAGUGACGGUGCCGUGUCAGUUCAAGUCCCCAGCUCAACCACCCAGUAUGAGAUAUCCGGCCUGACUCCUGAAACCCAGUACACGGUUGAGGUCAGGGCACUCCUGUCGAGUGCUAGCGAUGAGUGUGUGACUGUACAGAGCCAGCCUGUUUCUACACAGUACACCACAGUACUCACCCAACUCCAGAUUGUGAGUUUUACGGAAAACCUGAUCACAGUCACCGGGUUUGUCGUUGGGCAGACUCUGAACUACUCACCUGGGGGAACGCCCAUCGUUACUGACACAACUAACGAAGUGAUUUCUGGGCUGACUCCUGGAGUCGUGUAUACGAUUCAACUCUUGAACGGUGCAACUGUGCUUGAUCAAAUCAAACAACAGACACUUCCCGCCAGGCCCACUAUUGUCAGCGUCACCAGUGGUUUCCCGCCAGAGACCACACUCGUUGUAGUCGUCGACAACGAGGGUAGUGAUUACGACAACGUGGAACUGGUCUACUCUCCGAACGAUGGUUACAAGCCCUCGCCGGUCAUCCAGAACGACUUGACCUUUGUCCUUGAUGGUUUGACCCCCGGCCUGAGCUACAGUAUCGAAGCGACGACCAUCAGCGGAGAUCUUCGAAGCGGAACCACAGUUGGACAAGGAAGCACACUUGCGGGUGAUCGAGGCCGCAUCUACCCACACCUCGUGACAACCACAUCUAUAGCCCUCAAAUUCGGCGCCGUGUCCGGCUCCUCGGGUUACACCCUGACCCUGAGACUGGACUCUGAGGUCCAGCAGGUUCCCUUGACGGCCCUGGAGCGUUACCAUGAGUUCACUGGCUUGUUGCCCGGCACUCUCUACGAUAUCACCCUCACGACGGUGGGGCGCAAUCCGCCAGUCACAACGACGGCACAGAUACGAACUCUGGUGGAUGUCCCAGCAUUACUGACUGUGACGCCAGUGUCACGCUCUAUCACUGUGACAUGGUCGCCUGCUGCUGGCUUUGUCACCCUCUAUGAGCUCAGCAUUCGGAAAACCAGUGAAACCACGCCAGUGUUAGCGGGCACGGUCGCGGCCGAUGACGAGAAAACAUUCACCUUCGAACAUCUGGAGCCGGAGACGGACUACAUCGUAUCAGUCGCGUCGGUUGUCAAGGAACUGGACGGUGUGUUCCGAAGCAGUGAUUCGGCGACCCGGACAGUGCGAACUCUGUCCUCAGCAGUGCGCUUGCUCUCCAGGACUCAAAACGUCUUGACGAUACAGUGGGAUGCCCAAGUGGGAGCCGAUACCUACAGCGUCAUCUUCUCACCGGAGGAUGGCAACCAGCAAUCUCCCAGCGCCGUGCUCGGAUCGACGUCCCUCGCCUUGGAAAAUCUGAGAUCUGGGUUCCGGUACGACAUCAGCGUGCAGGCUUUAAUCUCAGGGACUGCCACACCGAUUGGAUCUCUCGCUGCUUGGACUGUUCCACCACCACCAGCUUCCAUUACAGUAGUUGACGUCAUCAGCGUCCACAUCAUCGUGACCUGGGAAGCUCCAACCGAGCCCGGUGAUUACCAAGGCUACCGCGUCACCGCUGUCUCCGAGGGCGGCUCGGAGUUUCAGAUGAUACGCAAAGGCCGGUACGAGGAGAGACGGGCGACGUUUUACAUCUCGGCGCAAACCACCUACGAGCUCUCUGUGUACACGACCACCGGCACGGCUGUGCAGGUUUUCCUGAGUGAUCCCGUAGCCACCACAACCACCACAGAGGAAAGUUUUGCUGGUGAAAUCAUCAACCACGGGUCCACCACUACCACUGUAACUAUUUACUGGACUCCAACUAACGACUCAGCAACAGCAUACACACUAACGUUGACAGACGGUACGCCAGCGAGCCAACGCCAAGCGGUUGUGACUGGUAUGGAUGAAUACACCUUCACUGGUCUCCAGCCUGGCGUUCCCUACACAAUCACACUUAGUGUGGCAGGUGUGGGCAAUCAAGCGCCCCAGACUGCCAUGGUUAGAACAGCUCCACUGAGUCCAGCUUUCAUCACCGCCCAGGCGGUCAGCUCAACCUCCAUCGUCAUCGCCUGGACUCUGCCUGCCGACACCUCCUCAUUCCAGUCCUACCUGAUCAACUGGUUCCCGGCAAGUCACCGUGUGAGUCGACCGCCGGUGACCGUUCCCAGCGGACCCACCGUCAUGAAUUAUUUCAUCACCAACCUCGAGCCCGACACAUUCUAUGAAGUAUCGCUGCAGACCGUGUCUGGGGACGCUAACAACUUCGAAUCCAGAAGCGAGAAAGUCUUGCUCCUGGAAAAAACAGCACCCCUGACUCCGCUACAGUUUAUCUACACCCAACUGGCCGACACCUUCAUCGACGUCGAAUUUGGCAAAGUGACCAGCACGCAGGUCAACAGGUACCAGCUCCGGCUCACCCAGACACAGAACAGCGCGGAGAGACUCAUCACGAUCGACGGGGAUGCGGUCGGGCGACGCAGAAUCGACGGACUGACACCCGGAACGGCCUAUAACCUGGUAUUAGAGUCAACAGAUCUGCCCGGCCAGCAACGUUUCCUCUCCUUCGUGACAGCUCCCAGCAGACCGGCCGUCGUGAUCGACGAGGUAACACAGACCGCCGUGAACAUUUCCUGGGCGGAGCCAGAAGGGAACUUCGAUCGGUUCACAGUCACCUACUCCCCGCCGGACGGCAUACCGCAGUCGCUGUCGACCAUCCUGGCGGGACAGCCUACGCAGCACAGGAUCUACGCUCUGCAGCCCGGCAAGGCGUACUCCAUUAAAGUCAGCUCGUUCAUCGGUGGACAGGAAUCAGAGCCGGCCGAAGUCUCAGUCACCACAUUGCAAGCUGGCUCGCAGGAGAUUGUAGUCCGAAGCUACUCCAACGCUGAGAUCCAGAUCUACUGGGGCGACGGCUCGUCACUGGUAACCAACUUCCAGGGUUAUGCUGUCGCCAUCAGUCCGUCUACCAGUGGCGAGUCCAAGACGGUGGAUGCCACCGCACGCCAUGCGACGUUCUCCAACCUGCGGCCCGGCCAGCUGUACGAGAUCGAGGUUACCGUGGACGGAGACACUGAUGUCGUGUACACUGCUGAGCAGAGAACCAAGCCCAACCCUCCACUUAGUCUCGCUAUCAGUCCCUUCUCAGACGUCAGUCCAGUGGCUCUCCCCAUCACGUGGCAAGAAGCCGAUUCUACUUCCUCCUUCGUCAUCACCUACGAGCGACAAGGCUCCAGAGUCGAGGAGCAAGCCGGCAGGGUCAACCCCGACGCCCGGUCGUUCCUCAUCACCGGUCUGGACCCAAUCACCACCUACGACAUCCGUGUGUUUGCGUCCGCUGGGUCAGGUAGCAAUCUGGAGUACAGCGAACCUGCGUCUGUAACGGGAACUACAGCUGCCAUCCCUCCCAACACCAUCCUGAUUCGCACGCUAUCCUACCGCAACGCGACCUUCAUCUGGUUGCGCAAUAACGGCGCGGCCAGGUACCGCAUCGUCAAGACUCUAGUCUCCGCGGGUGCCGAGCAACUCGUCGAAGAAACGCCCAAUCAGGAAUUCACGCUGGAAAAUCUGGAACCGGCCACGGUGUACCAAAUCACCAUCACUCCACUGACCGGUGCGGGAGAUAGUCUUGUGCCAUUUAGCACUCAGAUCCGAACAGAUCCUGCUCCUGUUCCUGCGAUUUCUUUCGGAGAUGAUGGUGACCCUUUCAAGAUUCUUGUGGAGUGGAGCAACCCAGAUGGAGAAUUUGAUUACUUCGAGGUGUGGUAUGUGAACACAGAUGGCGUGAGCAUCUUUGCUGGGAAACUCCCACCCGGACCCGCCAACAAACUCUGGUUGAACGAUCUACCGGCAAUGAUCGAUGUUGACAUCUCCGUCAAAGCGGUGAUUGAUGCAAGCGGUACUUUCCCCAAGCAGACGAGUCUACCCACGAGUGCAACUGAAAACACCGGUUCCAUGCAGGGUCUGACCCUCUACCGUUACAAGCACACACCAACAACCCUCGGAUUUGCCUGGCUCCCCGCUAACUUUGAAAACAUUGAAUUCAAGGUGUAUCUGACCUACAUAUGGGAGCAACCGCCACGUUCCAACUACGACCAGAUCAUCAUGGACGAUCAGAACACGCCGGUCUUCUAUAACACUUUCGACUCAGUCGAGGUCCAACAACAGGACGUUCCGCUCAGUCCCGGCCAGGCUUACUACAUCCGAGUUUCCUUCAACCAAGUGCCAGGUGGAGACUUUGAUGGGCGAUACAAAACAAGUUCUGAGCCAGUGCGGAAUCUCCAAACCUUAUCCAGAGAUGUAAGCGCGGUAACGUUUGGUUGGAACCCUCCCGUGAACCAAAAUUUUGAGUACUACGAGGUCGACUAUUAUCCUGCCGACGGACAACAGCCAGCAACGUUCCAGGUUGCAAAGGGGGUCACCACGGCAACCGUAGAGGGUCUGACGCCCGACACUCUCUACAAGUUUACCGUGACCACGGUGUCGACCAAUUUAUACCGUUUGUCCAGUGCACCGGAGGACUUGUGUGCACGAACAACCACCUCCCCUGGUGUCCUGGUCGUCAAGGAAGUAAACACGAAUGAGAUCCGAGUCACCUGGGGGCUCUUGUCCGGCGUGGUGCUGCCCUACCUCCUUCGUAUUGACACUGAGCCGGUAUUCGACAGGAACGUCAACAAUGACGACCCCUUCUACACCUUCACUAACCUGACUCCUGGGCGGAAAUACACCAUACUACUCAUCUACUUCUUGGAGGGUGGCAGCCAGAGUCAGCAGACUAGCAUUGCCCAGAGAACACUACCCGAAGCAGUCCCCUCGGUCUCAGUGGACAGUACAACAGCUCUGACAGCAGACAUUGUUUGGGAUGGUUUCCAGAACGAUCCUAUCUUUGACAGAUACAGGAUAUCGUACACUGCUGCAGGAGGCCCUGAAGUCAUAUCAGGGUUUGUAGAGAAGGACCAGCCCCGUCAGUUUACCGUGAAGAGACUCGAACCGCAGACCACUUACAACUUCACUGUGGUGACCGUGAGUGGACCCGAGGGCGAGGAGACGUACAGCAGUCCGACAACUGCUACCGCAGAAACAGGUCAACUAGCUGCUGCACAGCUCGCCGUCCAAGAUACAACCACCACCACCAUCACGGUCUUCUGGGGCGACGCGUCCGGCCUCGGCGGCUUCCAACAACACACUGUCAGCAUCACACCUAACGAAGGAAUUCCUUCCAUCAACUUGGAAAACAGAUUGGCUGUCUUCUCUGGUCUGACACCGGGGAGAGAGUACACCAUCCGUGUAGUGGCAGUCGGGGUGCCUGACGUGUCUGGGGAAGUCACAGAUCGAACCUUCCCAAAUCCACCGGUGAAUCCAAACACUCCCUUGGGUUCUGCCAUGCCUGUCUCUCUCUCCGUACGCUGGACCCGACCUAAUGGUGAUGUCACUGGAUAUAGGGUCUCCUACUUUGCCGAGGGCACCUUGAAGGUCACAUCCGAUAUCAUCAGCCAGACGAACUUUGACCUGACCCAGUUGUUUUCCAACACGGCCUACACCAUUGAGGUCGUCACAGUGAGUGGGGUCGGCAACUCAGAGCGCAUCAGCGAACCGGCUUCUUACACCCAGUCAACAUCAACUGUACCGUCUGGUCAACUUUUGGUGCGUAGAUUAACCUCAACAUCUGUGAGUGUAGUCUGGGCCCCUGUCGGCGCAUCGGAAUACACAGGCUCAAUCACAGGCUUUGACACUGAGGUAUUUGGACGCGGCAGUGAGGAACCAACCCAGUUUGAGUUUACAGAGCUCCAGCCGUCUGAGAUAUAUCAAAUUACUAUAAACGCAAUUACUCCAUUCGCAUCGUUCACCAGACAUAUCCGCACAAAUCCCGACUCGCCCGGUGUCAUCACUGCCAGUGACGUCACCCCGACCUCAUUCACCGUCCAAUGGCAGCCGGCUGACACCCCCCUCGACGGAUACACUGUCGAUAUCUUCGGUCCAGGCAACCCGACGUUUCGGCAGGAAGUCAGUCCCAACACCACCUCCAUCGACUUCUCGCAGCUGAUGCCCCUGGCAGAGUACCGGGUCCUGGUCAGGUCCAGGCUAGACUCUGUCAACAGCGGAGUCAGUUCCUUCCCACCUCAGUAUGGGGACACGGCCUCUGAAAAGAUCAUCCAAACAGCUGACAUCAACUUGGACGAGAUCUUUGUCAGCAGCUACACCACCAGCGAGAUCACCGUCGUCUGGCGUGAGAACCUGGCCGCCGGCUCCAUCUACCAGGUCUACGUCUAUCCGACCAGCUCCGGCCGGGGUGCCCUACAAGUACAGAGCGUCGACGCCAACAGAGUGUUUGCAACCAGAAACCUCCCGGGCUUGACCCCCGGAGAGUUGUACACCAUCGAGGUAGUGGUCACUCCCACGCUGACUCUGUCUGUAAACCAACGCACCCGUGCCGCCCAGCCGGGCAUCCCGUUCAGGUUAGCAACCACCUCGACUACUCUCACCGUCGGCUGGCAGCCGUCCAGCGGUGUGGUGGAUUUCUACCUCCUGGACUACCUGCCGCAGGACGGUAGCUCCACUAACCCGGUCACCGUUGGGGCCGGCCAGACGCCCAGAUUUACCCUGCGAAAGCUUCUGCCUGGAUCGGUCUACACCGUGUCAGUCAGGGCUGUGGCCGGGGAAGCGUUAGAUAGAACCACCAGCGUGCCCAGCUCAGCCUCCGUGUCCACAGCUGUCGCUGCUCCAGUCGAGGUCAUCUUCCGUGAGGUCACGACGACCUCCAUUGAGUUCACCUGGGGAGAGGUGACCGGCAACACUCAGAACUACGUCUAUCAAAUCGUGCCUUCCGCCGGUGCCAACGUGGGCGUGGUGGGUCCCAACGCUGUACGCAUCGGCAGCUUCACUGGUCUAAGGCCGGGAAGUCUCUACAACGUCACUGUCUCGGCUGGCAGUCUGUCAAAUACGGGCAGCGUCCGGACCUUGCCAGCCCCACCAGCAGGCGUCUUUAGAGUUGUUGAGACGACAACCUCCAUCACAUUCACGUGGAACGAGCCAGCAGUAGACUCAGAGUUUGACUCCUACAAGAUCACGUACAACAUCGGCGACGGUCCCGUCCUGAAUGAAAUCUACGUCACCAGGGAGGUGGACAGCUUUACCCUAGAAAAUCUGCUCCCGGCUGUUGAGUACAAUAUUGAUGUAUUCGCAAGCUCCGGAACUGGCCUGUUGAGAACAAUCAGCGUACCGGCCACCCUUACAACUAGCACCACUGCCCCAGAUCCAGGAGUCAUCGUGAUCCUGUCAGUCGACACGACCUCCAUCAGGGCCUCCUGGGGCGCGGCCGACAGUGUCCCCGGUUUCACCAACUACGCAGUCAGCAUCGAUGAACCCAGUGCAGGCAUGGCCAUAGAUCCCAAUCAGCGAUUGGCUACUUUCUCGAACCUUGUUCCUGGGGAGCUGUACAACAUCAGCUUAGUCGUGCUGACCGACACCGGCAUUAUGACUUCGAUGCUGCAGAGGACAAUUCCCAACGCACCAGCCUUACUCUCCGCUCAAUCCUCUGACGCUGUGUCGGUAACACUCACGUGGACCGCUGGUACCGGCGUUUUCAGUGGCUACCAAGUAUCUUACAAGGAGGUCGGAUCCCUGGUAUCCACCCCAGCUGGUUCCACCCCUAAAAUGGUCACACAGCUGAGGGUGACCGGUCUCCUGCCCGCCACCCCCUAUGAGUUCUAUGUGGUGAUGGUGUCGGGAACCGGUGCCUUGCAAGAGAUCAGCGCACCAGCUAAUGUCAAUGCAUCAACAGUGACUGUGGAUGUGGGAACCAUCUUGGUCCGAUCCCAGACCUCCAACAGUGUCUCCUUGGUAUGGGGUGGGAUCCCCGGCAUGGCACCAGACUAUCAGCUGAACCUGUUCCAGACCAGCACCGGAGCCCUGAUCAACUCCCACCCGAGUCUAGAGAUCGCUUCGGCCGAGUUUGGCUCCUUAGCACCGGCCACGGAAUACCGGGUGGAGCUAACCUAUACAGGCACUUCCCAACCAACACACAUCCGUCAUAUUCGAACAAACCCAGCCAACCCCUCCGGCAUCAACUCUAUCCCCGCGACCACCACCUCCAUCGAAGUCUCCUGGAAUGCGCCCGUGGGCGAUUUCAGCUACUACGAGGUCUUCAUCACUAACGAACAAGGAGAGGAAUCGCUGGCCGGUCGCGUCAAUCGCGACGAGGACAGGCGUUAUCGCUUCGAGAUGCUGAACCCCGACUCGGACUACGAGAUCGAAGUGGUUGCUGUUCUCCAGUCCAGCGCUGAUCCGAUGUUUGACCAACAGCGGAAUGAUGACAGAGUCUCUCGAUCUUUCCACACCGCUCAAGUACCAAGCGGUCAAAUCAUCGUCCAGAAUGUCAGCACCACCGCCAUGACCAUCCUCUGGGCCGAGAUUCCAAAUGACAGUGUAAGCGGCUACUUCGUCUUCGUCUGGCCGGCCAGCGAAACUCGGCCGAUGUUUACCAACAUCUUCAUUCCACGAGGCGCUACGCAGUCCACUGCCUCGUACUCGGCCCUUAAUCUGGUACCCGGCAGGUUGUAUGAUAUCCGCAUUGAGAUCACACCAGGCAGUAUCGUUGACCCGAGUAUUCUGACCGGACAGCAACGCACUCGUCCCAACCCUCCUGUCAAUCUCCGAUUGGUCGACCGCUCCUCCACGUCCCUGGACGUGGCCUGGAACGAGGGCUCUGGUGUCGAAGACGUGGAUCUCUUCCUAGUCGCUCACUUCCCCCACGAGGGGACCACGCCAUCGCCUCUCGUCGUCCGAGUUGGCAGCCCCCUGCAGGUCAAGUUUGAGAACCUACUGCCGGACAGCGAGUAUGUGGUGACGAUCAAGGCGAUAUCCGGCAGUGCGGACAACAGCGAAACGAGCACCGAUGUCUCUAAUACUUUCACCACAGCCAGCGCCGGUCCAGCCGAGGUCAUCAUCCGCAGCGUGACGGAGACCGACAUCGAGUUCACCUGGGGGGAGGUGGCCGGCGAAUACGCCCGGUACAACCUACAAAUUAGCGACGACGCCCCCUCUCAGGUAGCUGCUUCCGGCAGACCUAGCGUACAGACCUUCGCUGGCCUGGUGCCGGGCAAGGAGUACACCAUCAUGGUGUCGACCAGCAACGAUAACUUGCCGACUGGCAGUAAGGUGGUCAGAACAAAACCAUCCUACACAUCAUUGUGUGUCACCACCGUUACUCCGGCGCUGACCACCAUCGAGUUCGUCUUCGUAUCCCCGCCUGAUCACCAGGGUCGACCGGUCGUCUUCGAUCUCUUCAAGUUGACGAUUACCGAGGACGGUGGACUCCCUUCCGAACCAGUCUUCCUACCCCCGACCGACACCACGUACACCUUCCGCAACCUGUUGCCAGAUACUAUGUAUACGCUCUCGGUAGCCGUGGUGUCUGGAACCGGUGAAAUCUCACAGACUAGCGAUGACUGCACCCGAGUGGCCAGAACAGUGUCGCCGGCCGCGGGUGAAAUUGUCUGUCUCGAGGUAACCCAGAUGUCCAUCAAGAUCACAUGGGGAGACGGAAGCAGUGAGCCUGGCUUCAUUGGCUACGCGCCGUCCAUCUAUCCAACCGGUACCCUCCCAGAUGUGAUUGACGGUAAUGCACGGACUGCAGUGUUCAGCGGACUGGAACCCGGGCAACAGUAUGACAUCACAGUGCGUGUUGACGCCACACAAGACAUUGAAAUGACCAAAUGUCAACGGACAAUUCCCGUCCGCCCCGGCAACCCGUUCAUCUCCUCCCUUUCCACACCGACAUUGGUGAGACUGUUCUUCGUCCGACCAACGGGCGUCUUCGGCGCGUUUGACAUCUAUUACACCGAGGUCGGCCGGCAGAUUCGCCAACUGGGGGCGACAAUCAACCAGAACACCGGCGUUGCGACGUUGACGGGCCUACAACCGAGUACCCAGUACCUGUUUGAGGUGGAGACUGUGUCGGGCUCCAAGGACUGUCGGGUUACCAGUGAACCCGGGAGCAUUCAGCACACCACCAGUCCAGCCCAGCCAAGAGUCCUAUACUUUCAGGAAGUCACCUCGACAACACUCAAGAUACUGUGGCUCAGCGACUCCGACUCGACCGUCCUCAACAUUGCCAGUGCGGAUGGUACCUCCCAACAGUUCAUCGGCGACGCUUCCACUCACCUGUAUGAGAACCUGACUCCCACUACGGUUUACACCAUUACUGUGACUGGGGCCGGGGGGAUCAGCUUCAACGGAUCGGCCAAAACGAAUCCGCCGAAUCCAGGAACCAUCAUCAGUCUGACCCCAGGCCCAACCACCGUCAGUCUCAGCUGGAAUCCAGCCGUCGGCAGUCUCAACUUCUACCGAGUCCGAUACUACGAUCCCACGGGACGGGAGUUUGUAGCCAGCCCUCUGCUCGACUAUACAGAAACUCAGUUCACUAUCGAUGGCCUUACGCCUGACACUUGUUACGUUGUCAGUAUACAAGCCCUGGCCCACAACCUUGCAGGAGAUGGGUUCUGUGCUAGCGACAACCCAUGCAUACAAACCACCCAAACAACUCCAGUGCCAGACAACGAAGUCAUCAUUCAAGAUUACACGACGGACUCCAUUGCGAUUGUCUGGAAGCACAUUACUGGAAACAACUUCUACCUUCUCUACGUCUACCUGGAUGGCGAAGCCAGACCCUCCACUGCGACUCAAAUCGUACCCGUGGCUAGCAAAACACGCGACGAUCUGUUCUUCUUCACGUUCCCAAAUCUGGAACCGGGCCGGCUGUACACCGUCGAUGUCGGCUACGGAACGGAAUACCUCAGCAAGCAACAGCGAACAAAUCCACUACCGCCAAGCAGCCUAGCCCUGUUGUCGUCCCCCACGUCCACAACUCUGCGCCUGACCUGGGCCGAGCCCACCGGCGGUGAUUUCACCCACUACGAAAUCUUCUACCUUCCUGACGACGGCACGCCCGCCUCCCCGUUCUCAAGCGGUCGGCUGGAUGCGCGUGACGUCACCAUCUCCAACCUGCUUCCUGAGACGGCCUAUGCCUUCAGGGUGGUCAGCGUAACCGAUACACCGCUCAGGACAGAGAGCACCAGAGAGAGGGCGAUAUUCACCACCAUACCUGCUGUACCAGCCGAGGUCAUCGUUAGAAGCGUGACAACCACGAGUCUCCAGGUCACCUGGGGUGAGGUGGGCGGUACCACUGACCCUUACAUCGUAGUCCUGACCCCGAGUACUGGUUCCCCGAUUUCUCGGUCCGUGCCACAGGAUCAGCCCAGACUGCAGGACUUCAGCAAUCUCUUCCCUGGACGGAAGUACACCGUGUCCGUCUCGGUGGCUGGAUUGAUGGGAACGACGUCACUCAGAACAAAGCCUCUCAAACCCAGCUUCGUCUCCAAAAUCGGCGACACAGCCACCAGCAUCACUGUCAACGUCGGCGAACCUAGCGGCGCGCCCGAGUUUUCCGGCUUCAGGAUCUGGUACAGUCUCGACGAUGGUCCCAGAAUCCUAGCCACGGAGAUCGGUUUAUUAGCAAGCAGUGCCACGAUCGAGGGACUCUUCCCCAACACCACGUAUCGGAUCUCUGUUGAGACUGUGUCUGCGGGUGACGGCUGCGAGGAGACGAGUGAUUUCACCGAGACUAUGGCCUCAACUGGUAUCGCCAACCCGGCCGAAGUCAUCAUCCUGUCGUAUUCUCGCACCUCCAUUGAGAUCACGUGGGGCGGCGGCGAUCACUUACCAGGGUAUCGGAGUACCUCCCUGGACAUACAACCCGUGCCUUCUACCCAGCCCAUCGUUGACACGGUCGGACGUAGGGCUUCCUACGGUGGUCUGACGUCAGGAGAGGAGUACACCAUCACUGUUACGUUGAUUGCUGAUACGAAUCAGAUGAACUCUGCCGUACAGAGAACAAUACCACUCCCAGCCACCAACCUGUUUGUAACAAUGACAUCGCCAGCGUCUGUCUCCCUCCGAUGGGCCUCGGGCGGUGGUGUCUUGACCUCGUAUGACCUCACCGUGACCUCGUUCGACGCCGGACCACCAGUCGAUCUACCUACCAUUAGUCUGGCCUCCGGUGCCACGACCCACACCAUCACUGGGCUGGACUCGGGCCGAAACUACACAUUUAGACUGGUGGUGGUGGCAGGAGGCGAGAGGAGUCCACCGAUUUCCGUGUCGGGGAUUACAGAUUCUCUGAUGGAGAGGGAGAUUUUUGUCAAGAGCGUCACCGCGUACUCCGUCGUCGUCAUAUGGGGCGCCAUUUCCGGCGCCCAACUCUACACAAUCACCAUCGACGCCCCAGGGUUCCCCACCGUCAAUGACAACAUACUGGAAAAGGAAUUCACUCCACUGCAACCCGCCACGCGCUACAACAUCGUCAUCGUGCCCCUCAUCAACUUUAUCGCAGGGCAACAAUUUGAAACGACCGUUCGAACAAACCCAAGUUCCCCCGGCGCUAUCAGCCUCGUCGUGUCGACCCCGACCUCUCUCACCAUCUCCUGGGUGCCGGCCUUUGCCGACUCCUUCGACUUCUACCGCGUGUCCAUCACGGACCCCACGGGUAACGUGGUCCAGGCCGACCCUGUGUUCCCCUCUGAGCCUACCCAGCUGGCCUUCAGCGGUUUGGAUCCAGAGACUGCCUACACAGUGGCGGUCGGUACCGUCCUGCUGUCGGAUAGCACCCAGAACUUUGAGGAGCAGGAGGGAAGUACCGUGCAGAGAGAAACAUACACCACUGCUCAAAUUGAAGACAACAUGAUCAUCUGUCGGGACGUCUCUACCAACUCCAUCACCCUCCUCUGGAAUGAAGUCCCCAGUGCCACAGCCUACUCUGUCUUCGUUACCCCUCCUGUCGGCUCCAAUCCUAGGGUGGUCGCAACGUCUGGUGGUAACACCGCUUCACUGGUACUCAACAACCUGUUCCCUGGACGAGCAUACAUGUUCACAGUUCAAGUCCAGCCCGACAACUUGGUGGCCAACUUUGAGAAGUCAGGACGAACACUACCCGCUGCACCACAAGCCCUAGCAGCCACCCAGACCACGGCCACCAGCAUCAGCGUCGUAUGGCAAGCCAGUGCCAGCGAGGUGUCCCUCUAUGAGGUGACGUACUCCCCGGCCGACGGAACCCCACAGCCGCCCAUCGUCAUCGAGGCCACGUCGCCCCGCGAGGUCCGCGUGGAGAACCUCCUGCCAAGUACUCAGUACUCGUUCUCGGUUAAGAGUAUCUCCGGCCAGGAUACUUUGGUCACUGAGAGUGAACCUUUGACUCGCGCUUUCUCCACAGCGACGCUGACCGCGGGCGACAUCAUCUGCCUGGCAUUUGACAACACCUCCCUGACUGUCAGCUGGGGUGAAGUCAGCGGCUCCUUCCUGAAUUACGUCCUGCGGAUCCGCCCCGGUUCCUUCGUCGAUCAGGUCGUGCCGAGGGGUGCGGAUCGCUUGACGACCUUCAACAACCUCAGUCCCGGCACCGAGUAUACCAUCACCCUGAUAGUGGACCAAGCUGAGCAGAGUUCCCUGGUUAAGAGAACAAAGCCCCUACCCCCAGCCAACCUGGCCGUCAAUGACCCCUUAGCCACGCCCACGUCGGUCACCGUAACCUGGGAGCGUCCUUCUGGCGUAUCAGAUCUCUUUGAGAUUGAGUACAGCCGGGACAGCGGCCCCAGGACCAACGUGGAGUUCGUCGAAAGCGACGUCACUGCGUACACGUUGGAGAGUCUCCUGCCCGGCACGACGUACAACGUGUUUGUGACCACGGUAGCAGGGAGAGGCGCUACUGCUAUCAAGAGUGAAGCGGCUACGACUCCAGCAAGCACUGUUGCAUUUGCCCCGCUGGAAAUUGGCGUUCUGGACUUCACGACCACCACCAUCAGCAUAGCCUGGGGUGCCGUGGCAGGCCCUGAUGUCAUCUACGGUGCGUCCGUCUCGCCCCAAGGCGUGGUAGACAGUGUCAGUCAGAGCCAGCGUACCGCUUUGGUGACGGGCCUGACAGCCGGCACAGAAUACACCAUCAUUGUGUUUGUGGUGGGUGGCAGCACGACUUCAUCCAUAUCCCAGCGAACACGACCUAACUCAGCCAGCAAUGUGAGAGUCAAACCCAACAGUGAAGUCACUCCAGUCUCCUUGAUCAUCGAGUGGCAACCUGCCAUCGGAUUGGUCAGCGGCUAUGAUGUGUCCUACAGAGUUCAAGGAAGACAGGUUGAGAGUUCUGCUGGAUCCACAGACAGUAACACUCGGGAGUUGAAGGUGACCGGUCUAGACUCGGGAGUCACCUAUGACUUCAUCGUGACGUCUACCGUGGGGACUGGGUCUAACACAGUCCUGGGUGCACCAGCCAGCGGAACGGGAACGACAGUCCAGAUUGGCGAAGACCAGAUCUACAUCGUGGAAGUCACUGAGACCACCAUCAAGAUCCGCUGGGGUCAGACCGUCCAUCCUGAUCUCCUAUCCUACCUCGUCGAUAUCAAACUGCCCGACGUAUCCGGCAGUCUGGGACCGAUGCAGUACAGUCCAGAUGACAAACUAGAGCACACGUUCACUGGCCUGACAUCCGGAACACAGUAUGAGGUCUCCAAGCAGGCCAUACUGACUGGUGGAGGCGGGGCCAGGAAUGCCAUCUUGCAGUUCACAAGGCCUGAGAGUCCUCAAGUUAUCUCUAUCAUGAACAACACCCUGUCAGUUGUCAUCAGCGGCCAGCCACCAAACGGCGGCUAUGACAGAUUUGAGAUAGCUUACCGAGACUCUGACAAUGUCCGCACCUUUGUUGAAGAGGUCGGUACGGUCAAUAACUACAAGAUCACGGGUCUGGAUCCUGACUCGGACUAUGUGGUGGAGCUGGCGACCAUCGUUGGCACAGGAGCAGACAGACUAGUCAGUGACCCUGAUCAGAUAACAGUCACAACUGAUCCCAUUCCUUCAAGUGACAUCCUGGUCAGCGAUGUCCAGACCACAUCCCUGGAGCUCCUUUGGGAUGCAACUCCGGGCCAAGACGUGAGCUUCCGAGUCUCUACCGUCAACUCUAACGGCGACAAGGUCUUUGCUACCUCGGUACCCGCUGGGGUUUCUACCUCCGUCCGAGUCAGACUAACCAGUCUGGUUCCUGGAAGGCAGUACAGUAUUGUGGUGGACACGGAACCGGGACCGGAGGAACGACGUGUCGUGCAACGAACAAAACCGGAGUUGCCAGGCCCAGUUACGAUCGUGUCCAGCGACACCACCCAAGCCAGUCUCCAUGUCACAUGGCAGCCUGCUCCGUUUGAACUGCAGUCCUACAGGGUUAGCGUCACUGCUCCCAAUGGCGUGGAAACCGAUAAAGGAACAGUACCAGCUAAUGUGCAGGAUUUUAUUGUGGACGGUUUGUCGGCAAACACGGCAUACACUGUGUCCGUCCGAUCUGUGAGUGGAACAGGCCCCACAGCAACGGUCAGCGACCCAUCUACUGUCUCUGGGAAUACAACAACUGCAAGAUUUGAUAACGUGAUCGCCGACUCAGAGUACAUCUACGUUAGCUGGUAUCCGGUUACUGGCAGCAUUACUGGAUACCGUCUGACCUGGGCCCCAGAGGGACAGACCAUGACAGGGAUGCAAGUGGUACCCGUGCAAAACGAUCGGACGCAUACGAUUGCUGGUUUAGUGCCCGGUACCUUGUAUCGUAUCAAGCUGUACCAAGUCCAAGGCAGCACAGAGACCUUCCUGGAUUCUGUCAUCAGACGAACCAAUCCUGCGACAGUUCAGAAUGCUGCGGUUACGGAGGAGAGCAACACCACCUUCAAAGUCACCUGGGAUCCGCCGGCCACCGGACUGUACAACGGCUUUGAGCUGAGCUUUGGUCUGGACGUUAACCCUUACAUCAGCCUAAACGAGGUGAAUCUACACUGGCUGACCAGGGAAUACGUGGUGACAGGCCUGACGUCCGGUACCGCCUACCGAGUCAGACUGUGGGCCGUUUACGACGAGACGAGGAGUGUCAGCACGCAGCUGACCACGACUACAGAGGCAACUGGACAGAAUGUGCUGUAUGUGACCAACGUUGACACCACGUCGGUGGACGUGGCCUGGGUUGCUAGACCUGGCGCCAUGACUUCCUCUUACUCCUUGACCGCAACCCCCACUCCAGGUACAAUGCCCACCAACGGACUUGACUCUGGAAGAGUCACUGAUCUCAUGCCUGGAGCUGAAAUCACGAUCAGCCUGUGGUACAGUGGGCCUCAAGUGUCGACCCUCACUACCAACACAGUACCCUUACCAACCUGCGACAUCAUGUUGGACCUGAGCACUGCCCAUCAGUUGGACUUCUCAUGGUGCCCGCCGGAGGGGACGAUAUAUGACAACAUCGAAGUCACCUACAGUCCCCUGGAUGGUACCCUGACUCAGGCCACACAAUACGAUGCCAGUCUGACCGGUCUGGAUCCAGCCACGGAGUAUACUAUAUCUGUGGUCACAGUGAGCGGAAUUCGGAAGAGCGAACCGCGGACGCUGUCAGCAUUCACAGCCACUGCACCGCCAGGCGAAAUCACCAUUGACGACUGCACAACCACCAAUAUCACCAUCACGUGGGGAGCCAGCCCCACGGGAAGCAUCUACUACGUCAGCGCGGUCCCAGUGAAUGGCGGACAGCUACAAGUUCAGCAGAUACCCGUAGGGGGCGCCACCACGACCGUCAUCAUGAACCUGACCCCGGGAACGUUGUACAGGAUUACGCUUCAAAUCAUCGGCAGUAACUUACCGAUCACCGAGGUCCAACAGUAUACCAAGCCCAACGCUCCACCGAGCAUCACCGAAGUCAGCACCACCCAGACCAUGAUCGCCUUCGAGUGGGGCUCGGCAACCGGUGCCUUUGACGAGUACAAGGUGUACUUCUUCACCGGUUCCCAGCCCGAGGAGCUGCACGAGACCUUGCCGAGGACGGACAUCCGGUCCAUGAUCGACGAACUGAACCCGGACACCGACUACACCGUCCGCGUCUACACGAUUGUAGGAGACGGAGUCAGAAGCCAACCUGCCGAAAAGAUCAUCAGAACAAAUGAUGACAUACUCCAGUUCUCCAAGUUGAACGAUCGCACCGUCCGGGUCACCUGGAAUGCCCACAACACCGGCGCUGAUUUUGACCACUACGAAGUGACUUACACUCCGCCUGAUGGCACCCUAGGGUCGAUCGUAGCCAAGAGUAUUCAACUGUUAAACCUUACUCCAGGACAGAAGUAUGUGGUCCGAUUGUACCAGGUUUUGAACAACGAUGUCAACAGGCAGCUCAUCGCUACUGCCACGUACAUAUUGCCUCCUGUGGCUCCAACUAUACAGACACCGAUUGUGACUCCGAGUGGAGUCGUUAUCAACUUGACGCCAUUCUCUCCGGGAACCUUCAACAACCUCGUAGCCACAGUCACACCUUCUACAUCCGGAGCCGGUGCAGGAAAUGCACAGCCUGUAGAAAUCACACUGCAGCCUGACGCCUGCCCGCAAGUGGUCAUCACCGGUCUUGAGCCCGGCUGCACCUACGUAAUUUCCAUUGUUCUGCUGUCAGGGCGCCUGACUACCUCCCAGGCGGUCACCCGGACCAUCACGACUCUUCCACUUGAUCCGGGUCAAGUCUACGUGGACGAGGUGACCGAAAACUCCAUCCGUAUCCUGUGGGGAGAGUUCACUGGCGAUUUCCUCAAUUACUUCAUUUUGGCCAGCCUUGCCCAGUCCAGCGUUCCGGUGUUUAACCAGAAUGUUCCAAAGACCACCAAUUCCAUCGUGAUCGGGAACAGUCUGGUUCCGGCCACCGAGUACGAGAUCACAGUGCGACCUGUAGGUCUCACCGGCACCACCUUGACCCAGUACACUAAACCUCCGCAACCCAACGGACUCUACUUCUUGGGCCGCGGAACCAACGGUACCAGCGUGACACUAGGCUGGGGCGAGGUGGACCCACCACACCAGUAUCUGGUCUGCUACUUACCCAACGGUCUACCCGCUACUGCAGUCGACGGAGACAACUCUCAGGAACUGAUGUCUCUGGAUCCGUCUGUGGAGUACACUAUCAGCGUCUCCUCCUAUGCUGGAGCUGGUGCUAGUUUGGUACAGAGCGGGAAGGUCACACGUUACCUGCGCUUGGAUGACGGCCUGCCAGGAGAUAUCAACGUCACCGACGUGACGACCACGAGUAUCUCAGUCAGUUGGACCAUGUCGAACUUGCCGGUAACCUACCGCGUCGAGAUCAAACAGCCGUCCGCAUCAAGCCCCCUGCAGUCUUAUUUCGUUGGCGCUGACGGACCAUUCGAGUACAACUUCCAGAGCUUGAAUCCCGGCGUGGAGUACCAGGUCAAUGUGUUCUUCACCGGGACGAACCCGUUGGUCAUCAGAUCUGUGACACAGCGAACAAAGCCUAACCAGCCUGGCACAGUCACCCCCAUCAACAUCGACUCCCUCUCGAUCCAAGUAGUCUGGCAGCCGGCGUCUGGCGAAUUCAACGUCUACCGUAUCUAUGUCAAGGACGAAGACACCCCAGGAGCCACACGAAAGCUAGCCGGCUCGGUUCCCCGCACCCAGACCCAGUUCACUGUAGAGGACUUACAGCCGGCUACCAGUUACACAAUCGGUGUGACUACAGAGAGUGGUAUGGUCGGGAGUCUGUCGGAGAGUGAGCCACGAGAACUCCUAUCGGCCACAAGUGAUAUCGGAGAAUGCGACAUCCUCAUCGUAUCAGUCACCACGGUAACCCUCUCAGUGGAAUGGGGCAUCUGUCAGGGCGCUUCGUUGUAUUACCUAGACAUUACCCCGCGUCCGGUCGGUUUCAGUCAGAUGGCAUUCCUCAGUACAUCACCUCGCGAACACACCUUCUCUGGCCUGACGCCGGCUACGAAGUACACCGCCUUGUUGCGCAUUGUAAAUAAUGGGGAGCCAGUCAGCACGACAACCGCCUACACAGUUCCAACCGCACCAACUCUGAUGAUCAGUCAAAGUCCCACAUCUCUGGGCUUGACCUGGACUUCCAAGCCCCACCUGUCAUCAGACAUUUACCUAGCCAGACCCGGUGACGCGUCCCCCACGCUGGUCCAGCAUCUGUUCCCAGGUCCAGUCACUGCUGGUAUCCGUCAGUUCACCAUCCCGGAUCUGCUACCGGCGACGCAGUACGUAGUCAGCGUGACUAACACUGCAGGGACCGGGCAGUCUGCGGUUACCGGUGAACCGACAGAACGGACUGUGCCCACAGGUUUCUUAGGAGCAGGAAUGCUGCAAGUUCAAUCCUGCCGGGCGACCGAAGUGACGUUAGUCUGGUCCCAGCCUCCGAGGGACGACUUCAGUGGGUAUAUCAUUUCGACCAGUCCGGCACCUGGACCCCCUCAGCAGGAUGUGCAGUUUGUACCCAGAGCCAACGAGACCGUCACUAUCACCAACCUCUCUCCCGGAACGACGUACACCUUCACGCUCUCCCUCAGACUGACAGACAAUACGAACAUGGAGCUGGAUACCGCGACAAAAACCACAAAGUUAUACCCUCCAUUCCAACUUCAAUCCGGCGUGAUCACGACAUCCUCCAUUGAGCUUCAGUGGAUCCUACCACUCCUCGGAGACCCAGAAGCCUUCUUCCUAUCCUACGAUCCAUCCAUCGUCUCUCUACCGAUCAUCCUGGAUCCAGACAGCACGUCCUACACGGUGACGGAACUGAACCCAUACACUGAGUACACCUUCCUGCUGACGUCAAACUCUAUCGCUGCCGGGGAGAGUGAGCCGGUCCAAGUGACUGCAAGAACAGCCCAAGCUACCAUCGGAGAGAUCAUCAUCCUCGACUCCACACCGACGUCCAUCACACUGACCGUUGGCCGUGCCAACGACAACACGGCCUUCACCUCCUACCAAGUGACCGCUACGGAUCAGGACGGUGUGGAAGCAGCCCAAGCGUCCAUCUUCCCUACCGACCCGGACCUGCGCGUGGAACUGACCGGUCUGCAAUCAGCCACCCUGUAUGACGUCGGCGUCCUGUUGGUUGGAUCUGAAAUACAACGAUCGACUAGGCAUCUGACCAGCCCAUACCCAGCCAACAGCGUGAAUGUCCUCAGCCCGACGACACUAUCACUGGGUGUCAUGUGGAGUAGAUCAGGAAGCGACGUCACCUACUACGAGAUCUACUCCAAGAGGGGUGCUGAUGCUCCUAGCGUCUACCAUGGGAGGGUCUUGCCGAGUAGUCCGUUGGCAUUCACGGUCUCUGGCCUCAACCCAGGCACCCAAUAUUUCAUUGAUGUUGUUGCCGUUGUUAGUAUCGACGGUAUCACAGAGAAGAGCGAGCCCGUCCAGGGAACGGGAACCACGACUGCACUGGCUCCAGAGCAGUUGUCGUUCCGCAACAUUGAGGAGACGUCUGUGGAGGUCUUGUGGGGUGAGACUGGGCACCCUAACGCUGUGAGUUACUUGGUCACCCUGGAUCCUGGAGAUACCAACAAUAUGAGGGCUGCUACCAAACUGGUCGACGAGGAGCCGGUGUUGCUGUUUACCAACCUCAUCCCUGGUACUCUGUACAACGUCACCCUCCGAGUUACAAUCACUGGGGGCGAUGACCGGACCACAGAAAGCAACUUCAGAACAAAGCCCAACCCACCUGGAGUCUUGUUCAACAGGCCUUACCCAACCAGCAUCAAGGUCUUAUGGACUGCACCUGCUGGUAACUACGACGGUUACAGGCUGUCGUAUGAGCAGAACGGACAGCUGAUUGUUCGGGAACUGCCCAGUAGUAGUCUGCAAUAUGAGGUCAAGUUCCUGUACCCCAGCACUGUCUACCACUUCGAGCUGGUCACACUGUCCGGCGGGGUAGAGAGCGAUCCUAGCACUGGCGAUUUCAACACUGAUGCUGUUGGGCAGUUAGACAUUGUGGUACUGACUCUCAGCACAACCCACAUUGAGGUAGUAUGGUCUGCAGUUCCCGGUGCUGUUUCUUAUCUGUGGACUAUCAGCCCAAUCCCAGCCAGCGGAGUUGGUUCCGGGACCACUUCAGUGACUAACCAUAGGUUUGAGGGACUGGUACCCGGCGAAGAGUACACCAUCGAUGUGCGUCCCCUAUUCAGUAAUGUCAACGAUGACAGUUUGAACAAAGAGACCCUCAUCCAGAGAACAUUGCCUGAACAGUCAUGCAUCAUAGAAGCUCUCACAGAGGUCGGGCCAUUGCACGUAGUCGUCACCUGGGCCAUGCCCAACGGCGGCCAGUUUUCUGGUUUCCGGCUCUCCUACGCCACGGAGGGAAUUGAGCUGGUAUCCGUGGAACUGGGACCGACGUUGAGAACCUACAGACUAGAGAAUCUUAACCCAGUCACUGAAUACAGCAUCACCCUGGAGACAAUCACCGGGCAAGGGGACGGUCGAGAGUAUGGGGCAGCUUGUACAACAUCGGCCACCACAGCUACAAUCCCGGGAUCUGAAAUCCUUGUCCGAGACAAGACGACAACCAGCCUGACCCUGCUAUGGGGCCCUGCUCCUGGGUCGGUCAGAACCUACAUCCUGGAGCUCAACCCCAUCGACGGCAGCUCUGCUCCUUCCGGCGACGGACCAGCAAACAUAACAAUUCCAGUAACUGACACAACUCACACUGUCGGCGGAUUGGUCCCAGGCAAAGAGUACCUGAUCGAACUCAACGUGCAGUAUCAAAACCAAUCCUUCAUUCUUCUGAACUCCAUCACUGAACGGACAGUUCCACUGUCGCCAAGGUUCUUUGCAGCCGAGACCGUCAACACGCUUGACGUCACGGUUACCUGGGGAGCCCCGAACUUUGGCGAUUACGACGACUACAUCCUGAGCUUCGCCGAGCAGGGUAGCAUUGACCCUCGGUCGGAAGUGAUCCUAGAUAAAUCUGUCAGAAGUCACAAGCUGGAAGGCCUUAUGCCGGACACCACGUACGACUUGGAACUGGUAGCCCGCUCGGGUACCGGUGACUCGGCCACAAAGAGUGAUGCCGUCACGGCAUCUGUCACGACAAGGAGCAUUGCACCAUUGGCCAUUGAGGUAUCAGCAGUCACUACCACCAGCAUCUCUGUGAUCUGGGGUCUGUCCACCACCCCCGGGGUGGUGCUGUACUCGUUGCGCAUCACCCCAGCCCCUGUGACAGGCAGUAACCCAAUCCUGCUGGGUGCUCAGGAAACCACAGCGACUGUGUCCAAUCUCCUGCCGGCCACCGAGUACACCCUACAGCUGUCGACCAUCUUCUCGGCAAGCCAAACACAGGAGAUGUCUUCUAUCACUCAGAAAACAAGACCUGAGCCGCCGACGUCUUUGGUAGCACUCAACAGGAAAGCCAUCUCGGUGGAUAUCUCGUGGUCCUCUCCUACAGGUGUCUUUGACGAGUUUGUGGUUUACUACAAGACUCAAGAUGGGGCUACACAGAUCUUUGGCACAGUGCCAAAGGAUGCAGCCAAUCAGCUGACAGUAGACGGUCUGGAUCCCGCAACCACAUACACAAUAGGAAUAGUGACCGUCAUUGAUCCGAACAGCGCCAGUCAGCUCAGAAGUGUCCCUGAAGAAGUACAGGCAACAACAUUGACCCUCCCGCAAGGCAACGUGACCGUCUAUGACUUCACCUCCACCACCAUAUCCGUCGCCUGGGGCGUGGUCAUGGACCCAGCGGUCCAGCAGUACCGUCUCCUAGCCAAGCCAAUCAUUGACGGGCAAGUGGGAACGCCCAUCCCUGCCCUCUACCCACCUGUUGCACCACCCAGGCACACCUUUCGAAGUCUCCUCCCUGGAACCGAGUACUGGAUCGAUCUGACUGUCGUCGGCACAGAUCCAUUGAUAACGGGCAGGGACUCCCAAACAACCCGUCCUGAGGCCCCUCAAAUGCUGAGCCUGACGGACGCGACCCUGACUAGCCUGAGGGCCACCUGGGUGGGCCCCACCUCCAACCACGACAACUACCUCGUCGUAGUCUCCCCUCCUGUGAUCAACCCCGUCACAGUCACCCUCCCACCCGAUGCCAACAUGGUGGUCAUAGACAACCUGGUCCCUGCUACGGAGUACACCGUGGAGGUGUUUGCGACGGUCGGGGCGGAGCAACUCCGCAGUGUGGCCGCAACAUCAACCGCGUCGACAGAUUCCCUGACGCCACUGCAGGUCCUAGUCGAGGACAGGACCACGACGUCACUAGACCUCAUCUGGGGUGCCACCAACAACCCCAGCAACGUCCUCUACCAGGUCCUGGUGGAUGGGCAGGUGGACAACUACUUCAGUGACGAGGACGGCACAGUCGACGGGCUUCGGCCUGGUACCCUGUACACCCUGACGGUCAAGACUGUCAGUACACCAGCGGAGGAAGGCACCGUCCUGGCACGCACUGAGCCUGAUCGCAUCCCAGCCUUAUCCGUCGUGGACACUGUUGACCUAUCCACCACAGCCACCAGCAUCCCCAUCCAAUGGACUCCGCCCGUCACUGUGGGUGUCUACGACGGGUUCCUGAUCUCCUACACGUCACCAGACGGCACCGUGACGGAGGUAGCCAGGGUAUUUGGAGAGGUGGACAACUAUGUGGUGAUGGGACUGGCCGUGGGUCAGACCUACAACAUCAGCGUCAGGGCGCUCAGUGGCCGGGCUACAGCUUACGAGACAGAGAGCCAACCACGCACCAUUACUGAAACCACAGAAACCUUACCAGAAUUGACACUAGAAGUCACCGAGGUGACGAUCUCCUCCAUCAGUAUGGUCUGGGGACCGCUAGUUGACGUGCCUGACGGGGUCACUGGUUAUGUGGCUACUAUCCACACGGAGACUGAUAUUCUCAUCCGGAGCUUCAACAUCCCAAUAGGUAACCCGACUGCGGCUAGAUUUGAGGGUCUAAACUCUGGCACAUUGUACAACCUUCAAGUUCGCCUGAGUGGUGCCGCAAAUGAGUCUGCGGUAAAGCCGCAAUACACAAAACCUCUAGCUCCAUUCAACCUGAUGGUGAACAGCGUGACGGCCACCACGGCAACCCUCACCUGGCUUUCCGCCCAGGGUAACGUGGACGACUACAGCAUCUCGUACACGGCUGAGGGGUCGCCGACAGAGUUCAUGACCUCUGUCAGGGCUGACCUUACCAGCGUCACCUUAGACGACCUCACGCCCGAUACAGAGCACACGGUGGUCUUGAGGAGUAAAGUUGGCGGCAUGGCUGCUACCGAAUCGAGCACCGAGCUGCGAAGGACCUUCACUACCAGGGCUGCGCGACUGACCGUCCAGUCCCACACCACCACAACCAUCAACGUCCAGUGGACGUCUGAAGAAGGGACCUUUGACCAAUACCAGCUGUCCUACACGCCGGCCGACGGUGACCAGCAGUCACCCCUGACCUUUGCCCGGGGCGGGGUCCAACAAACUGCUCUGACCUCCCUGACUCCCGGUUCACUGUACUCACUGGCUCUACACACCCUGACUGCGUCCAAUAUCGCUGUGCUGUCCGACGAAACCAAAGUUGUGACAUAUCCCGAGCCUCCUAUUUUAGACUCUCCCAACCAGACCUUCUCUACCAUCACCCUGAACUGGGACCCACCAGCUGCCGGUAACUACAACGGCUAUUACAUUCGCUACGCCGGUCAGUCCGGGGAAGGUGGACGCACGCCAAGCCCGACCACCGUCUCUCGCAAUGACCCGAGAGAGCUGGUGCUCCGCGGCCUGAUUCCUAAUACAAACUACGAUGUCAGCAUCACUUCGUUCAGUCAGUACGAUGACUUGACCCAAGAGAGUGAGGUUGUUUCAAGGACCUUCAUGACUGGCGCGGCUGAUCCUGGCACCUUGUUUGUCACAUUGGUUGAAACUCGACGCAUCACCGUGAGCAUAACACAAGCAGCCGGGGCCACGGGUUACACUUUGGUGAUUGUGGACUCGCUGAAUUCAGCGAUAGCCACCAUUCCCCUGAGCUCAAACCCAACACCUGUCACACAGAUGAACCUGACGCCCGGAGUGGAGUACACAUUUACCCUGACUGCCAUGGGAAUAAGUCCGGUGGUCAGCACAUCCAUCAAGCAAUAUACCAAGCCCGAGGCGGUGGACCCAAGCUCCGUGCAGUCAUCCACCACCAUCGAGUCCGUCAAUCUGAGCUGGGACCCAGUCCUACCAGGCAACGCUUCCUACCCAAGCGUGGCUGAUGGAUACCUCGUAACCUAUGAGCCAAGGGACAGCAUCCAGGAACCAGUGGUCGUCACUGAGCCAAUGGCAACCAUCACCGGGCUGCAGCCGAACACUGAAUACACUUUCCACAUCGUCACCUUUGUGGGAGAGGACGAUUCGGAGGAAAGAAGUUCGCCGACAACUGUUAUGGCGACAACAGACGACUUUGACGCUGCAGAAAUCCUCAUCAUAGACAACACAGAGCAAUCGGUAACCUUUGAGUGGGGCAGGACUCGGUACUCGUCUGCGACAGCCUACCAGUUAAGCAUCGGUCUGCCCGGUAGUACGUCACGGCUACAGAAUGCCUUUUUCCCCAUCAGUAAUAGCAACCUACAACACACGUUCAACGCCUUGCAGCCGGGGACCAGCUAUGUGCUGUACGUGGAAGUGACCAACGUGGGUGGUUUGGAAAGUCGAAGUCGGGCCUUCAGGACUGUGGCCGCACCUCCAAGGAACCUCCGCAUCGCCGAGGCCAGCCAGUCCAUCAUCACGGUCUUCUGGGAGGAAGCCGUCGGCUACGUCAGCGGCUAUCAGGUCACACUGACCACGGCCAACGGUCAGCCGGUUGGCCAGCCGGUCCCUCAGCCACCCACCGUCCUGUCCGCAACGCUGGAGAAUCUCACACCAGCGACGAACUACGUCAUCACUAUCCGUACCCUGGCUGGACUGGGCCAAGAUCAGACCAUAAGCGCACCGAUGUCUGUGUCUGAAACUACAGAUUCGGUUGUGAUCACCGUCGAGUUGGUUCCAGACACCACCAUCACUGUCCGCUGGGUAGCGACCACCAAUCCCAUCAUGCAGUACCAGUUCAUCUACAACCCCGACGACGGGGUGCAAGACUCCUCCACCUUUGUGCCUGUGAGUGAUAGCCCAAGCAAACGUCUGGACGGCCUGACGCCCGGACAGAAUUACCGACUGAUUGUCAACACGGUAGACGCAGCUGGUGUCAUCACGCCAUAUGGACGCACCUCCUACCGUCUAAAACCGGUUAACAUUGAUCGGAAUGCUGUAACGGUUGUUCCAAAACCACACGGUGCAGACUUCGGCAUCAAUCUUAGCAACUUCAGAGGCCUGAUUGACAAGUUCUUCGCGGUCGUGAAUAACGCGGCCAGCGGCGCGGGAGCCGGUACCCCGCUUCAGGUGGAGAUUGAAGUGCCUAUGGACGCUUGCCCGGUAAUCAGCCUCACCGGAUUGAUGCCAGGUACCACAUACAUGGUCACACUACGCACGGGUAGCGGGGACCAGUCGAGCAGCGGGAUUACGUUCCCCUUCACGACAAAUCUAACUUCGCCCGGCGUCAUUUCAUUUGGUGACAUCACAACAUCCCAGAUUGUCCUGUUCUGGGAACAAGAUUCUGGGACCGCCGCUUACACUGUGGAAUGGUCGCCAGGAAGCGGCUCGGCAGUAGUGCCACAGACGACUGGUACCCGCGACUACACCAUAACGGGACUGAGCCCAGGCAUGCUGUACACCGUCACGCUGCACUAUCUGAGUCGCACCGACCAGAAACAACAAAGAACAAGACCAUUGAAGUUGGCCACCCCACCGUCUGUCGCCACCAAAACGGACAGGCAAAUCACUGUCACAUGGGAGCCCGUACAACUGCCAGAAGUCACUGGUUAUGAGUUAUGCUACACAAACUCCAACGGCCAAGCAGGGACAGUUACUCUUGGUGGUAGUGUCCAAUCCCACAGUCUCACCGGUCUCACGCCUGAUACUCCAUACAUCAUCAGUGUGGCUACAGUGGCCGGCACCGGGGACAAUAGAAUCAUCAGUGAGAAGGAGACAAUUACUGUCAGAACCGACAUGGAUGUCAGCAUUCCUAAUCCCUCCAACCUCCGAGCGACCGACGUCACCCAACAAUCCAUGCGACUUCACUGGGAUCUACCGGACAGGGACAACUUUGACGCCUACGAGUUGACCUACACGCCCAACUCCAUCGGUAGUCCGUCUUCACCGGUUCACAUCCCCAAGAAUUUUGCCAACAUUGACUUGACCGAACUCAUGCCCGGAACCAGCUACGUCUUCACCCUGCGGACCGUGCGGGGCCCAUCGCAGGCCCGAGAAUAUGGAGCCAGUGUGACUCAUAUGCAAACAACUGUCGUAGCUGGUUUUGAGCUACUGACUGGCUCAGUGACAGACACCGUCAUAGAGCUGACGUGGGGUGAGCGACCACCGGGUACAAUCUCCGUUGAGGUGUCGUACACCCCUCAGGAAGGUAACACAGCCAACCCGACCAUCCAGUCCACCACCUCAGACCCAUUCCUGAUCCUCACGGGUCUGACGCCCGAUACAGAUUACACCAUAACCAUCAGGGCAAAGUCAGGGGACCAGACACUGGCUGAAGAUGUUGCAACUGUCCACACUCGUUUACCGCCUCCACUCAGUCCAACUCUAACCAACAUCAAAGCUACGUCUGUGGUUGCCUCGUUCGCUCCCUACGACGGCGAUUUCUGUCUCUGGAUCCGCGAGCCUUCGGUGAAUGGCGGCGGUGUACCGGUCACUGACAGAACGUGCGGUGGCCGCGACGGCUGCGCCAGGUACCCUCUGCGUGAACUUCAACCGAGUACGGCGUACGAAGUGGUCCUGGUGCAUACUAAUGCUGACGGAGUAAUGACAGCAGAAGCAGUCACUCAGUUCCAAUCAGCGGACCCGACGCCUCUUGGUGUGGGCAUCAUCGACCUCCUAUCCGACGCGGUAGAGAUCUCCUGGCAGCCAGGAACGGGUGACUUUACCAACUACCUCCUGACCUACGAACCCUUGGGUACCACACCGGGAACGACGCUGAUAGCCAAGACGGACCCACGGAGGAUCAGAUUGACAGGUCUUCAGCCGGGGACCAUGCACACGGUUACAUUAGCCCAGCAGGGCGGCUCGGAUCCAAUGCAGAGGGUUUUCCUCAAGACCACAAGACCCAAUACUCCAACGGGCCUGAUCGCCUCCGAGGUGACCAAAAACGCCAUGACCUUAUCCUGGAAUGAGCUCAGCGGGAGCUUUGAAGGAUUCCGGCUGUGUCAUGUCCCCCAGGGUGCCCUGGCUACCCCCCAUGACACCGGCAUAGCCAGACAGGUGCGAUUGACCGGACUGGAGGCCGCCACCACCUACUACAUCAAGCUCUACUCCUACGUUGGCGAGUUGGAGAGCCUGCCAGUCUACCUGCAGCGAAAUACCGCUGAUGCAGACCCAGGUGACCUCCGGAUCGAGUCAUUUGAUGAAACGAGCGUCACUAUCAACUGGUUCACAAUCAGUACAAUUACCACGUACCAACUGCGACGCACCCGAUUGGACGGCUCAGACGAGCAAGUUUUUCCAAUGUUCGACAUCACCACUCCCAACCCGGUGUUCACAUUCCAAAAUCUGAUCCCUGGGGAGGAGUACAUCUUCUCUGUGGAUCCCGACGGAACGGAAUACGGGGAACAAUCUAGGAACCAGCGAACACGUCCCACGACACCCCUCGAUUUCAGCGUCAGCAACGCUCGGCAGGACUCCAUCACAGUUGAGUGGGCAGCGGCGCCCUCUAGCGUGGCACACCUGUAUCGGUUGACCUAUGACCCUGCCAUCGGCACGCCAGCCACGCCCAUUGAGAUAGUGGCCUCCGAGCGGCCGCUGCGACGAACCAUUACCAACCUGCGUUCCAAUACGCAGUACACGUUCAUGCUGGUAGCCAUCGCGGGGAUCAGUGUCGGUCAGACGCAGACAACAAGCGCGCCUACAACUCUCAGGAACGUGACCCCACUGACCCUACAAGUGACCUCCUACACCGAGACCCAAAUGGUCCUCCAAUGGGAAGCUCUCACCGGCGGCAGCUUUGACCACUACCAGAUCAGUUACACCCCUUACACCCAGCGACCGGGGACCAUCGUGUCGCCUCGCAGUAUCCCCAGAGAUUACACCCGAUCCCUGACGUUGUACGGGCUGGACCCGGGUCAGGAGUAUACCAUCACGCUGCGCACCACCCUGAGAGGUGUGAUCACCUCGGAUGCCAUCAGCGUCACGGUGCGACGACUGUUGCCCAGCAAGGUAUCUGUUGUCAAUAUAUUCAACACCACCUCCACCUCAGUGACUCUGUUUUGGAGCAGCCCGGUCGGUAUCAAGGAUGGCUAUGACGUGACCCUGACCCCAGGGAGUAGUAAUGGCCCGCCCAUACAGCAAAGAGUCACUGCAGGCAGUGGGGCUCUGCAAGCGACAACGUUUUCUGGCCUGGAGCCUGGUGAGCUGUACACUAUUGAUGUCGUCACAAGAAGUGAUCAGGAAAGCAGUGCACCAGAGAGUCUAUAUGUUGUUACACGCCCUCUGUCACCGCGCAAUGUCCAGGUCACUCUGAUCGGCGUCGGUACGACCAACGCUCGGGUCACAUGGCAAGCACCUGCCAUCAUCAAUCAACCAAUCACAGGCUACCGUGUUGACCUCAUCCCCGACGACUCGCGGCUCUUCCCUAGAGACUACCCGGCCAUCAGUUCCACAGUGAGCCUAGGGCCAGGCCUGGUGCAGGGACGUGUCUACACCGUCAGGGUGUGGACCCUUGUUAAUCCAUCGCAGGUCCCUGAUGAAUCCCUCAGUGCGCCAUCAGAGACCAUGUUUGUCACAAACCCGUCAGCGCCGUCCUUCUUGCCACCUGACAUCGGAGCGAAUUCCGUCACCCUCGUCUGGUCCAAACCGCCUGGUGAGGUCACCAUGUAUGUCAUCGACUACACGCCGGUACCCAGCAACCCAGUGGCUAUCCCGCCCUUGAACAUCGCCCGUGACGCCGCCCCUCGGCUGCCAAUCACAGGACUAAGCCCCAACACCGACUACACGUUCACCAUCAAGGCCAUUAGUCGCAAGGUCAUCAACACGCAGACUGGGCCGGAGCUGUCCGAGAGAGAAAGCACUUUGACCACCAGCACCUAUCGGACACGGCCGACUCCCCCAAGCAACCUGCGUGAGAGUGACACAACACCGAAUUCCCUCACCAUCCAAUGGGACGCCGGUUCCGUCGAUGAUGACACCUUCCGAGUAGUCUGGCAGCUGCCUGGCUCCUCCCAGGUGGCCACGUUCGUUGUGACGGCACCCACGCACACGCUCAGCAACCUCAUACCCUACGAGAAUUAUGAGGUAUCUGUCACCACGGUCAGAGAUGGGCAGGACAGUGUCCCAGUCAGCCGGCGGUUCAGAACCUUAGCCACUGAUCCUGGUCCACCGCGAGACUUUGCCGUCUUCAAGACCAGUCCAAGGACGGGUUACGCUACCUGGUAUCCGCCGACCUUCCCUCACGGCAUUCUGGUCUCGUAUAAUCUGACCGUCACUGGCAUGUCGAACAGUGGUAGUUCAUCCCGUAGCAUCAUCCUGUCCGCCUCUAGCGACCUGAACGAGCUUCAGGCCUACAAUCUGACUGGACUGAAUGUCGGCUACAGGUAUACGUUCAGCAUCGCCGUCAACAACAACGUCGGGACCAGCGAGGUGGUAGUGUACCAAGAGACCUUGGACUUCCCUGAAACUGCGCCCCCAGCAACAGAGCACAAGAUUGGCAUCUCAGGCAAUGGCUCGGCAACCGGCCGAACCGUCAGCAUCUCACUAUCCAACCAGAUGUUCAGUCAGGAGUACGGGCCCAUCUUAGAGUACGCCGUCCUGGUAGCUGAACUAACCAGUGGAGCCAGCGUUACGGGCACCAUCACGGACACUCAACCUCCAGAGCGUACCUGGGCCUCGGUCCAGAGCCUGACCCGCUGGCUACCCUACCGGGCAUCCCAAGAGUCCUACAAUCCCUUCAUCAAUGUGUCCGGCCGUAAGCGACGACAGGCCACUGCCGUAUUCAUGGACUUUAUCGUGGGUAAUGACGGGAACUGUGAUGCCUCAGCGAACGUCUACUGCAAUGGACCCCUCAAACCAUACUCUACAUAUGCGUUUGCUGUGCGUGCCUACGGUGCUGACGGGACUUACACCGAUACCCUGUGGUCUGAUCCAAUAUCUACCGGCUUUGAUGUGAUGUGGUUUAUCUACCCCCUGGUUGCCGUGGUAAUCAUCAUCAUUCUCGUCCUCAUCAUCUUCUGCUGCGUGUGGAGAGGAUGCUGUGGCGAUCCUUCGCACAGUUCCAUGUAUGAAGACAAGGAUGUCCUUGUACCCGUGCAUCAGCCACCGAGACCACCCAGACCACCCCCGGCAGCUAAGGAGAAUCCAUACGAGUCAAGUAUUGUCAUGCAGAGUACUACUAGCAGGCCUAUUCCAGUGAACCGCUUUGCUCAGCAUGUUGCCCACUUGUCGGCCAACAACAACAAACUGUUCAGUCAGGAGUACGAGUCUCUGCAGAACAAGGGAGCCAACGAGAGCCGCAAGAUAUCCAAGUUCCCCGAGAACAUGGCCAAGAACCGCUACCGCAACAUCCUGCCAAAUGACAAAGCUCGCGUUGUUCUGAUGGAUUCCAUGGAUGGUUCCGACUACAUCAAUGCCAGCUUCCUGAGUGGAUUGAACAAAGACAAGGAGUACAUCGCCACUCAGGGCCCGCUGCCUAACACCGUCAACGACUUCUGGCUGAUGGUGUGGGAACAGAAGACCACGGCUGUCGUCAUGGUAACCAAUCUGGUGGAGAACGCCAGGGUGAAGUCGGAGCAGUACUGGCCAGAGGAUGACAACCAACUGACUUUCAACAAUGUGACAGUCACUCACAUCGCAACCGUCACUAAACCAUCCUGGACUAUCCGCACACUGGAAAUUGAGAAGAAUGGCGAGACUCGAGUGCUGCAUCAUUACCACUUCCGCUCCUGGGGCGAUCACGGCAUUCCCUCCACUCCGGAUCCCAUGCUGUUCUUUGUCCGUACCUUCCAGGAGAUGCAGGCGACAUCCAACGGCCCUGUGGUGGUCCAUUGCAGCGCCGGUGUGGGUCGCUCAGGCACCUUCUCGACCCUUGACAUCUUGCUGCGUAGUCUGGACCAAGGCGAUCAGUUCUUGGACGUGUACGGCACCGUGGCUAACAUGAGGGAGAACCGAUGCAACAUGGUUCAGACUGAGGAUCAGUACAUCUUCAUCCAUAAGGUUCUGCUGAAGGCGAUACAGAACCCCAACCAGCAUGCCUCCAACUCCAUGAUGAAGAGGAACGGUCGCCGUGACGACGAUGAUGACAUGAUGGUCAACGAUGAGGACUUUGACUACUAGACAGCGACAGGUUGCCCUGGCAACAACAACCCAAUCAGGCAAUAUAACUGCCAGAACCUAUACCACUUAGUAGACUAGUUUUGAGAAUACAUUUGUAUUUUAACAUGUUUUUUUUAUAUUUGGUGUUUGAUAAGAAACUCAGAAUUAUAAAUGGCCUUUAAGUUUGUUACACGUUGAAAUUAAGAAAAAAAUGCUAAAUAGUAUAGUAGAAUGAUUCCUGAAAACAACUUAAGAGAGUAAGCCAUCAGUUAUUUAGAAAUAUAUAAUGCAAAGGAAAUACUGAAAUUUGUAAAGAAUUAGAAUUAUUAUCUACAAUAUGUUAAAAAAAAGAAAGAAUUGUGGCAUAAAAUGAAAAAGUGAACAACUCGUAAAAACUGAAAUUUUCUUUUUCAACUCAUGAUACAUAAUCUAUAGUAUAGAUUCUACUUUUUAUAACUUUUAAACUUUUGUAUUACUUUUACAUGGAAGUAUAUUUUUAUAUGUUUGUAUUGAUCUACGAAGCAACUCUUCAACGUCAUCAAAAUGACAAAUGUCUCUGAAAUAAAUGCAGUUAUUGCUUUAGAAAA